UGAAGACACAAUGUUCAACACAGUCCUGUUGUGUGUGGCUAUGAUACAGACAAUCCAAGCAUCUCUCACUUCAGAAACCAGUAAUGAAAGGCUCCAAGUACUGAGCUCUGGCAUGAGCAAUGGCAGAUAUAACUAUCCAAGCUUGCUGCGCAAAAUGAAAGAGACUGCAAUGGAAGUGCCAGGGAAUUUGGCUAGAAGUGAAUUUCUGAAACUGGACUCAAGAGCAGAGGAAGAAGACUUGAUAGAGGAUUACAGCCUACUUGACCCAAGGGCUUUGUCACUAGAAGUAUCUUUAAGAGAAGAGCGUUCACCCAGAAGAUGUGUUCAACUACUGGAGUCUUGUGUUGGACAUCUGCCGUGUUGCAGUCCUUGUGCUACCUGUUACUGCCGAUUCUUUAAUGCAUUCUGUUACUGCAGAAAAACCAGCACCAACUGCCAUCAUGGAAAGAAUUAG